GUCGUUUGGCGGUUAAUAUCGCGAUAACUUUGAUGGGAAAACAUAAACCUAUUUACGAUCCCGCGUCUGAUUGCGGUGAUUAUGUGGUAGUCAUAAAUGCAAAAGAAAUAGCUGUAACAGGUAAAAAGGAAGAUCAAAAACUCUAUCGUCAUCACUCUGGAUACCCUGGUGGGUUAAAAACAAUUAACUACAAGCGAUUAAUGGAGAAAGACCCUACAGAAGAAAGCAGUUUCGGGGAUGUUACCAAAGAAUCGCUUGAGAGAU